AUGGCAUCACCACUGAUGGAUGUCUAUCUGGAAACAGCUGCAAGAGAAGGGAAUGAAAGUUACCUGAAUGAAAUUCAAGUAAAUGUCAGCGGAGAAGAGAACGGAGAAGCAACUCCGGAUGAAAGCUACUUCCUCGGUCAAACACCGGAUGGGGACAACAUUUUUCACUUGGCAGCUAGCCGAGACCGCUGUGGCUUCAUAGUGAAGGCUCUGCAGAAAAUUCCUGCAGUAGUGCUGCUAAUCUGCCAGAGUAAUUGCCGGGGUGAAAAUCCGUUGCACAUUGCUGCGGGAUUAGGUCACCUUGAAUUAGUGCAGGCGCUAGUAAAUUUCUACAAGUCUCACUUGCAGGAUGUCAAAGAUAGGAAGGCGAGAUCCACCUUACUGUCUCUUAUGGUGGUUGAAGAGGGAACCAGUCCUGAGCCAUGGGCAGCUCAAGACUCGAGUGGAAACACACCACUGCACGAGGCUCUCAAGAAUGGAUAUGAGGAGGUGGCAGUUUACCUGCUUCAGGUGGAGCCUAAAUUGGCUAAUUCUGCUAACAAUGCUGCAGAAGGAACCCUAUACCUUGCUGCAGCAUAUGGUCAUGAGCAAGUUCUCCACAUGAUCCUAAACUCUGACAUUUCUUACAGCAUAAGUGCACCAGCUGGGUUGACUCCACUCCACGCAGCAAUACACAACUGCACAGAAGAUGUUGUUAAACUCUUGCUAGAGAAACACCCAGAGCUAGCAAAGAUAGCAGAUAAGCGCAAGCAAACAGCUUUAUACUACGCAGCAGUAGCAAACAAAGAGGGACAUGUGGAAGCGAUACUAAAAACGGAGAAAUCGUGUGCAUACCUACGUGACGAGAAAGGUCUUACUCCUUUACUUAUUGCAGCAAGUCUUGGCCAAUUAAAAGCUGUUCGUGCAAUCCUCCUUCAUUGUCCUCAGUCUGUUACAGUUUGUGAUACUAAUUGUAAGACUGCCCUACAUCUUCUGAAAUUGGGAGGUUACCAAGAAGGCACAGAAAUGCUUAGUAUUCCAGAACUGGAGAGGCUCGUCAAUAUACCAGAUAUAGAAGGAAAUACUCCAUUACAUCUGGCAGCAAAGAACUCUGACCACAUUAUGGCAAAGGUCAUACUAGAUACUGAUAAGUCAGGGAUUAAUCUGAGGAAUAAAGAAGGUUACACACCAUUGGAUUUUAUAAAAGUACAGCAACAACUCUCUGAAAACAUGGCAGAAAUAGGCUACCACCUACUAAUGGAAGGUGACAAACAAACACGUACUCAACCUCAAGUGAUCAACAAAACAGUGCUUUGUCCAGAAAAAGCCAACGAAAGAAUACAGAAAAACUUCAGUACCCUCGGGGUUAUAGCUGUAGUUUUAGCAGCUGUUACUUUUGCCGCAGGAUUUCUAAUCCCAGGUGGGUUUGAUAGAAGUGGUAGUGCUGUUCUUAUAAGGGAUACAGUUUUCAAGGUGUUCAUGCUGUCAAACACAGCUGCUAUGUGUGGCUACACAGUCGUUCUGUUCACUACUCUUUGGGAAAUGAUGCUUGCUCAGCGAAGUGAUGAGCCUAGAUAUCUUCUGUCUUUCAGCAUCCAUAUUCUUCAAUUGUCUUUCUAUGCAACACUCAUAGCCUUUGUGAGCAGUGCAUAUGCUCUGACAUCAGCUCGGUCACUAUGGUUGGCAAUUGUUCUAGUGUGCUUGCCUCCAUGUGCAGUUUUACUAACUAUAUCAAAAUCCCUUGUUUUUCGCCUAGCAAGAAUUUUCUCCAGACUUCAGAUUUAUUGA